CGACGUCACGUGACCGUAGCUAAGGAAGCGAUUACCGGUUUCGAUAACGAGGCUGGGAGAAAAUAGUGUGACAUUUUAGAUUUUAACAUCUCUUUGUUAACACAUAUUGUAACAUUUCUGGGACGUAAUACGAUAAAGGCAAAAAGUCGUUACCAUGGCAAUGGAAGCAGCCUACCUGAAGAAGCAUGUUGGGGAUUGUUUGGUGACAUGUCUCACAGAGGUAGCUGAGAAGCGACCUGCUGACCCCAUAGAAUACAUCGCACAUUGGCUGUAUAAACAGAUAGAGAACGAGCGACUUCACAAGAAGGAAGGAGAAGACGCAGAUGAGUUGGUGAAAGAGAAGGAGGUGUUUGAAGUAGAGCUGAAGAGACAGGAGGUGAUGAAAGAGGAAGCAAAGAAGCUCAGCCAGGAGGAAGCCGCAAAGAAGAAGGCGGAAGAGGAAGAACAGGCUAAGGAGGCAGCAUCAGACUCUAAACUCCCCACACUGUUGGAGAAGGAAGAACCAGUUGUUGCGGAAACACCUGCAGCUCCUGUUGCUGAAGGAACUGAGGCCAAACAGGAAGAGGGACAAACCGAAACAGAGGAAACCCAGGAAGAGGGGGAGAAGACAGGAGAAGAGACAACGGGGGAGGGAGAGACCGAGACCCAGGGGGACACAGAGACCCAGGGGGAGACUGAGACCCCAAGAGAAACCGAGACCCAGGGAGAGGGGGAGACAGCCGGGGAGUCCUAGACUCUGCUUGUGUGUGAAUAUGUGUGUAAGCUGUGCAAGUUGUAUAGAGUGUGUCCAGUCAUAUUCAAUGCAUGUGUGUGAUGUAAAGGCUCAUAAUCAAAUGUUUCAGGACUCACAAGUUUCCGAUGUAAAUCGUCAGAUUUAAUGAUUUCAGUCUUUUUUAAAUUGACAAAUUUUAAUUUAUCCUGAUUCCAAGUAAUAUUUAAUGCCCACUUUUAUUCAUGUGCAAAUUUCAAUGUUAUGAUAACAUAUUUUGUCAUGUAAAUGUCUGUCCUGUCCAUUAUUGAAAACUUAGUGUUAAGAGCCUUGAGUUUUAUAAGAAGUAUUUGGUGCUUCCAAAGUCGACAACACAAUCUGCUGAGUUGGUUAAUAUACUAACUAUGUUCUAAGAUUCAGGGUUCUAGUCUACUAACAAAUAUUUUUGUAUUUGUGUUUUCAAGAUAAUCAAAUUCGAAUACAUAUCAAAUCCAAACAUUCCCAGACCAGCAUUUCCAGUAUGUUCCUGUCUGUCUAUUCCCUUGUUGUGUGUCAAGUACAUCAAGUUAUUUAUUUCAUUCUGUGAUUGUGCUAUUGUCAAUAUAUUUAUGUCACUUUUGACAAGGGAGAUUUAACCGGUAUUUUAGAUUUUAAAUUAGGGGCUUUUAUUCAUGACAGUUGAGUGAAACCUCGUUAAUCUGGACCCUGGUAAUCUGGAACCCUUGUAAUCUGGAACCCUGCCUACCAGACCACCUUGUUAGGAACAUCUAUUGAUAUCCAAGGUAACUCCGUACCAAUGAUUUGGUAAUCUGGAUUUGGAAGGGUACCAUCCUGAUUAGCGAGGUUUCACUGUAUUCUCUUUAUAGAUGAGUUGACAAUAAAAUAACAGUCUCACAUGGAAGAAAACUGAUUUUAUUUCAAUUUGGUCUCAAGUGUCUCAAGAUAUUUUGUUUUUUUGAACAGGAAUGCUAAUUGUAUAUUUUAUAAUAUUUUUAAAGUUUAUGCAAGUUUAUCAAGAUUAUUUGAUUUGUAAUAUUGGAGGACUGAAAUGUCAAAACAAUCAUUUCAUAACUCUGAACAAUUUGAAUACUCAGGUAUUCUGAAUAUAUCAUUUAUUUGCAUUGCUGGUACAAUUAUUUAUUUGAAAGAAUAAAAUACAGUCAUAAAUGA